AUGAGCGGCGGUGCUGACGACAAAAUAAAAGAAGACAACGAAUGCCGUACAAUGAGACCGAAACUGAAAUACUCGAUGUCGUACUGCCCGUCCAUGUCUAGGCCGUUGGACUUCAGCGUAAAAGGUCCCGUGCCGAUUUACAUACACAAAAAACAGAAAGUUCUCACCGGUUGUUCGUACAUCGAACUCAAGUUGCAAAAACACUCAAAGGUGGGCGAAAUAACGUUCAGAAACUAUUACACAGCCAGCGUGAGCGUGCUACUGUUGAAAUCGAAUACACUUCAAGGACCGGCGAUGGGAUCGAGAAACUGGGAGGUGGGCAUCAAGAACCGAACUCUGAUGAACCAGCCGCACUGCGAGAACGGCGCCCAAGACUAUUUCUCGCUGUUUUCCACAGAGGCAUGGAACAACGUUUCAAAGCUUAAAAUCAUACUCAGACAACCGUCGCCAAUGUGCAAGACUUUCCACUUGGAAGAAAUCAAGCUGUAUGCCGACGUGCCCAGGUUUGGCCGGCCGUUUUUUGAGCAAAAAUUACCACCUUAUCUGAUUCAUAACACCACGGCAGCCAUUUCGUGGAGACCAAGUACAAAGACCUACAAUGAAAUGCAAUUUGCACAUAGACCAGACACAAAUAACAAGACUCAAUGUCUUGGUUAUGUAGUUGAGCAAGUGCCAAACAAUUAUGACAGUUCAAAAAUAAUGUAA